GAGAAAAUAGUUUUUCUUUUAUUAAUUUACCUAGCAGUUGGACGAAAAAAUAUUGUACGCUGCGUUCAACUCUUUAUGUUGAUUGUUGAUCUGUUAACGUUGUAUUAGUUGUUAUGCGAUGAAAAGGAUAAACCUUUUGUGGAUAAUAUGGAUAUUUGUCACUUUAGAAUUCAAGGACGUCGCUUGCGUGUCAUAUCCUGGUGUUUACAGAAAUGAAGUUCCAAUAAUAGUUCCGGGUGCUUCACCUAUCGAAACGGCAUUCGUUACCGAACGAUAUGGAAUAAACUAUGAAUGCAUUGAGACAUGUUAUCCGAUUCUCAAUCUAUGCGAUGAUAAAUGUAGCGUUAUGCCGGAACUGCCAGAGUGUUUGCAAUGCCAACGGCUACCAGAUAUUCAGCCAACGCCAAUUAUAAUCGAAACACCGCCCUUUGAGCCGAUACCACCGUAUGAGCCGAUUUCACCUUAUGAGCCAAUACCAUCUUCGUUUGAUCGACCAGUAACACCAAUUGUUUCGUAUCCAUUGCCAUUACCACGCCCACCCCUAUUUCCGAAACCGAAUCCACCCAAUGUACCGAUAUUCCCGUCGCCUCCUAGGCCAUUUCUGCCCGAAGUUUCUCUACCUCCAGCGUAUGAAUUGAUGCCUCCAACACCGACUUUACCAGAUAUUCCACAACCUCCAGAUGUGCAACCAUUAAAGCCGGAUUUACCAAAAUUGCCGAUUGUGCCUCCUGUACCAGUCCCUCCGGAAGUAGAAACAGAGAUACCACCCCAAGUAACUGUUCCCGAUGUGCCACUUCCGAACAUAUUCGAAGAAGUUACACCCGAACUACCUCCAGCACCAAUUUUACCUCAUGUUCCACAACCACCCCAAUACGAGAACAGAUUGCCGCCGCUACCAAAAUUACCCGAGCCACCACAAUUAAAACCUAGUGCACCUAUCUUACCUGAAAUUCCAUUGCCUCCUCAGCCGAUAUUGCCCGAAGUUCCACUUCCACAAUUGGAAAUAGAUUUACCACCGCAACCAAUGUUACCUGACAUGGAAAUUUACUCUCAACUUCAACCAGAACUUCCUUAUGUCCCAAUGCCUCACAAAUAUCCUGAAUUCGUGGAUGAGUUUCCAAAUAAAGUUCCAUCAAUUACAAUUUACGAACCACCACAGACUCCAGUUAUGCAACCGGUAAUUCCAGAAAUUGUACGAAUUCCUAGCCCGGUGUCACCAGAAAAAACAAUUAUAGUCACCGCUUAUCCAGACAAUCCCGAACAACCGAUCGUAACCGAAUAUCGAGACAUCUGUAGCGACUAUUGCCUACAAAAACGGAACAUUUCUGAAUGUGAAAUUUGUUUGAAAACCGGUGUACCAGCUGACCACUUGGAAUUAUGUUCUAAUUGUUUAGUAAAUCCGAGUGAACCAGACUGUGAACUGUGCUAUCCGAUUUUGUUCAAUCUGUGCCGGGAAUUCUGUAUUUUCGAAGAAAAUGAACCGGAUUGUUCAAUGUGCUAUCCUCAACCAAUAAUUUUGACGGAGGAAGUCGUUAACACUCCAGUACCAAUAUUACCCACACCGAUCGAAUACUGUCCUGAAUAUUGUGCACUUACGCCAAUGUCACCCGAAUGUGAAGGAUGUGGCAUCGGAGUGGAAGUCAUAGAAAAAGUGUGUAUCGACAUCUGCGCUGGCUACUGUCUGGACAAUCCGAAUGAUGAACAGUGUGCAGUGUGUUAUUCAGAGGACAUUCCUGACAUCGUUCAAAAUCCUGUGGAAUGGCCCACAUUGGAGGUGAUCAAUUAUCAGUGUUGCUACGGAGACUACUGCACACCAAUGCCAAGAAAUGGCAUUUGUCCGGUUGUCUGUAAAGAUCAGUGUACAACUGCUUGUUCGAAUGAUUGCUUCAAUCCCACAUGUCCGGAUUGCCAAGAGAUCGUUGCACUAAAUGAAUAUCAACGAACACAAUUUAUGAUUUGGUUAAAAUCGAAAUUGUCCGAUAUGAAAUCCAGAUAUAUGGCAAUGAUCGAGGCUUGCAUUCGACGAACGGAACUCAUGUAUGAAAGAGAGUUACAGGCCAUUGAAAUGGAAGUAGAUACUAGUCUUGCGCUGGCAUAAAAUAAAACUUUUUGUAAAUAUUUUUCUUACAAAUUUUGUAUAUUUACUUUGGCAAAUCAACUUUGUGUGCUUUUGGACAUUUUGAAAUUCGAUGAGAGCACCCCUACCAUUUUUUUUUUGUAACGUUUUACCAUAACAGAAUCUUUGUAAAUAGUUUCUUUAAUUUUUUUUUAAGCAAUGCGGGUUAUUUUAAUUGUAUAUACACCCCUCAACACAAAAAUAAAAAUGAAAGAUUAAUUGCAUUACCAUGUAAAACUCUCCAGAAAUUAAUAAAUCUUUGCUCUAUGCUCCUCUGUA